CUCUGCUCAUAUACUGUACCCCAUCUCCUUUGCACCACAAAGUGACGCCCGCACGGCAUAUUUCUUAUCGAUAUUGAUCCACGUAUCUUAUUGCCGUACCAUUCUCACCUCUAUCUUCAACAAUGUCGCCCAUUGCUCCUGGCCAGCUUCCGGCCGAGCUCGUCAACCUUCUCGCACUCCACUCGUCCUUUCUGACUGCCCUCUCACUGCAUUACGCGCACAACGGCAUCUCGACACCCGCAGAUCUCCAGGCCUUGACUGCAUCUACGACUCUGGUAUGGCGCCAGCGCAAGGUCACUUACGAUGACGUCCGGCUGCUCAUCGGUAUCCUCGACCACGGCCCUUCUGGCGCCAACAAUCCCUACUACUUAUCCGACUAUGGCCGCGGCAAGAUUUGCAUUGAGAUUAAGGAGAGCAGUCCAAUGAUGAACGGAAUGACGCACAUGAACGAACAAGGCCUGCAAGAAAUGUUCAAGGAGGGCCUAGACACAUUGUGGUCGCAAUGGUGUGCAUCGCAGAAGAUGUCGACUCGGCCUAUUGCCGUACCCAAACGCGGACGGGGACGCCCAAAGAAGACCGAUGUCAACCAAGCAACUAUGGAGACUUUCCUCGACGACGCUUCCAUCUCAAAGUUCCUUAGCCAACUUCCCCUUGCCGAGAUCACCACAUGCGGAUCGCUUAUCGCACUUGCACCAUCACAAGAGAAAGGACGUAAGCGAUUGAGGGAGUUCAAGGAAAGUGUUCAGCAAGGACGUGCACAAAAGAAGACAAGACCAGCGACAGGCAAAGAAAACGAGUCUACUACAUGCCAAACCCAGCAGACUCAACCUGCACAACCCAAGAUCACCGAAUUCGCUGCCGUUCGCAAAACCAAUCUUCUCGACCGCAUCCUCGCCAAACAAGAAGCCGCCAAAGCUGGACCCGCUGCCCCUAGUCCUGCCGAGCUCCAACGAAGAGCAGCACUCCAACGUACCCCAGAAGUUCUUGGCGUUCUCUCCCUCCUUUGUGCCAGUAAACCUGGAUCUCGUGUUUCUUUCUCUACUACCACUCUUGUACAGGCCCUGCAAGGCUCCAUCCGAACUCCCAUCUCAAAAGACGAGGCAAUGAAGUGUGUGGAAGUGUUGGCGAGCGAGGUUGCACCAGGAUACGUCUCCCUUGUCAGCAUGGGAGCCAUGUCUAGUGUGGUCAUCAACCAGAUGAUGAGACCAACGGACAUCAAGAGCAGGCUUAUAGCGCUGGGCGCAUAAUCACUAUAUCUUCUUACUUCAUUUUUUGUAUAACUACUGAUUCCCAUUGCCGGCGAGCGAAGCUUUAGCACUCUUCAGCGUUUUUCUUUUCGGCUUUUUCUAUGCCAGCCUUCCUUCUAGCCGACCUGUUGAACACGGCAUUAUACAGCAUUCAUGGAGGCGUUCUUGUUUGUAUAAUGAACUAUGCCUUUCAUUCAUGUAUCAAAUAUUAUUAAUGAC